ACAGCGCAUCUUCAGUCGAUCUUCUAGUCUCGCGGGGUGCGGAAGUGGACCGUGGGGCAGGGCGCGCGCUCUGCUACAUAUAAACGGACACGGACUUCCUCAAACUCACUUUGCAUCGGAGCAGAGACGCACUCAGAUCUAAAGCAGCAGUCAUGAGCUGGGACAGCUACAUCAGCAGCCUGACCAAGAGCGAGUGGGUGGAUGAUGCGGUCAUUCUCGGUUGCAAACCGGGUCAGGAGUCCGUUUGGGCUGCGGCACCGGGCGGCUGGCUGAGCCAAGUCACGGCGGCUGAGGUUAAGGCUAUCGUCACCAAUGACCGUGGUAGUCUGUUUGCCAAUGGCAUAACUCUGGCAGGCAGGAGGUGCACGGUGCUGAGAGAUGCUCUGAAUGUGGACGGCCAGAACACCAUGGACAUCAAGAUGAAGACCUCAGAUAAAGAGCCCGACCCGUUCUCAUUCACCAUCGGCAGAUCUCACCAAGCGAUAAUCAUUGCUAAAGGUGUAAAAGAUGCUCAUGGAGGCAAAGUCAAUCCACCCGUGUUUGACAUGACCACAUACCUCAGGAAGAUGAACAUGUGAACAAGCCCCGCCCCCACCCUGCUGACUCUGCCCAUUUCAACACGCUCUGCCACUUCACCCGUCGGUCGCCCGCAGGAUCCGAUCCGAUCUAAAAGCUAGAAGAACCGGUCCGAGAUCAAUCAUCGGCCUUCAUCGUCAUCCUCCUCUUCAUCAUCUCGGUUUUAACAUUGCGGGAGUUUGUGAUCUUGGUUUCUUCUCGUCAUCUCUCCAGUCAGGCAGUGGAACACAAACUCUAGUUAAUAUCAAACUCAUUUAUUGGUUUUAUCAUGAUUUAAUUGAUUGAUUUAUGGUACUAUAGUAUUUUCUGUUUUGGAUGGGCGGAGCAUCUAGUCAAACGGUUUUAACAUUUGAUUGUAUGAUUGUUUGUGUGACAUCCUGCUGAACAAAACCAAGAAAUCUGACUGCUAGAUGCCAAAUAAAGAGAGAAUGAGUUUGUAUGGA